UUGUAGAAAAAUGGCGUUUCCCUGUAAAGAUCCUUGCUUCUCGCCUCUGUGGCAAAAUGGACCGUUUCCUGGUGCAUUUUAUCACUUUCCAGGAACCCAGAACGGCACCGGUGGAUUCCAAAAAUCACAAUCUCCUAUAACAACUGGUACAUCUGUCAUCGGUAUACAAUUCAAAGAUGGAGUUGUUAUAUCAGCAGAUAUCUUAGGAUCUUACGGAUCUCUUGCUCGUUACAGAAAUCUAGAGCGUCUUAUGAAAGUUAAUGAUAACAUAAUUCUUGGUGCAUCCGGAGAUUAUGCAGAUUUUCAGUGUAUCAAGAGUUAUGUGGAAAGAAAGAUAUAUUCUGUUCUUGGUUUACUAUAA